CUUCCGGGGCGGCGGGGCUUCACUUCCGGGGCGGGGUGUCUGCUCUGUGUGUCCCUGGCCAGGCUUCCCUCUGUGGAGCGGUCUCAGGGGAGCAGGGGGGCUAGCUGAGGGACCGGACUCAGGGCAUCAUGAGCGGAUCACAGAACAAUGACACCAAAAGACAGUUUCUUCUAGAGCGGCUACUGGAUGCAGUGAAACAGUGUCAAAUCCGGUUUGGAGGAAGAAAAGAAAUUGCUUCAGAUUCUGAUAGCAGAGUGACUUGCCUGUGUGCUCAGUUUGAAGCUGUACUACAGCACGGUUUGAAGAGGAGCCGAGGUUUAGCAUUAACAGCAGCAGCAAUCAAACAGGCAGCAGGUUUCUCCAGCAAAACAGAAACAGUUCAGCUUCCUGAUGUCUCCUUUGCUUGGCCUCCAGUGAUCUGUUUGUCUUCCCUUCCUCAUCCAGAGCCAGUGUUUUGGUACUACGUAAGAGAAGUUCUGAAUAAACAUGAACUACAGCGCUUCUACUCUCUGAGGGCUAUUACUACGGAUAUUGGCAGAGGCCGCGCCUGGCUACGCUGUGCAUUAAAUGAACAUUCUCUGGAAAGAUAUGUCCAUAUGCUGCUUGCAGAUAAAAAUCGACUUAGUGUCUUCUAUGAAGACUGGUCUUUUAUGAUGGAUGAAGAACGUUCUAGUAUGAUCCCUACGAUGGCAGCUGGUCUGAACUCCAUUCUUUUUGCAAUUAACAUCGACAACAAGGACUUAAAUGGGCAGAGCAAAUGCACUCCUACCGUCUCUGAUCUCUUAAAAGAAUCCACUCAAAAUGUAACCUCAUUGUUGAAGGAAUCCACCCAAGGUGUUAGCAGCCUUCUAAGAGAGAUAACAGCAUCUUCUGCUGUUUCCAUUUUAAUCAAACCUGAUCAAGACACUGACCCACUUCCAGUUCUAUCAAAGAAUGUUAGUGCGGAUUUAAAAUGUAGAAAAGAUCGGAAGAAGAAGAAAAGGGUGACACACAUCAUCUCAUUUGAUGAGGAAGAUGAACAAAAUUUAGGAGAUACUUUAAAGACAGCAGUUGCAGGAGAAAGCUCAGAAGAGAACUCAGACAAGUCUUCAGCUUUUGUGUUACCUUCCUCUGAAGGCUCUCUUGUACAAAAUUUAAAUGGAAAUCAGAAUACUCAUUUGUGGAAAAGUGAUUCCAUGUUUUUGAAUGGAGAGUGUAGUUUCCAGAAGCUUGAUGUGAAGAGUAUUGAUGAUGAAGAUAUGGAUGAAAAUGAGGAUGAGAUAUAUGGAAAGACACUGGGAAACAAAAGCGUGGAAGAUGAAACAAAAGUUUCAGAAAAGCCAUAUGAAGGGAGCACAUGCAAUUCACAGAUAUGCACUUGGACUCCCCUGCAGAUCCUGAAUGAUAAUUCAGAUAUUCUGUUUCCUGUCAGUGCUGCUGGUUCUUACUCCCAGAUUGGUAACCUGGAGAAUGGAGAUGGGCAUGAAGGUGCUGUUCUCGCAGUAGAACUGGCUCAGAGAGGAUCUGAACUUCCUUAUAGAGUGGAUGUCAGUCCUCCUGUUCAAGCGAAUGCUUUAAGCAAUAUGUUGCCUUCAGCCACUGUGCCAGAAUCAAUGACAAUUAAUGAACUUCGGCAAGCUAUUGUGGCCAUGAUGAACAGAAAGGAUGAGCUCGAAGAACAGAACAGAUCUCUGCGAAACCUGCUUGAUGGAGAGAUGGAACAUUCUGCACUACUCCGGCAAGAAAUUGAAAACUUGAGAUGGAAAGUAGCAGAGCACGAAGAGCGACAUGCAGCAAAGAUCCAAGCCUUGGCAAGGGAGAAUGAAGUGCUGAAAGUACAACUCAAGAAGUAUGUGGGAGCUGUCCAGAUGCUGAAAAGAGAAGGUCAAACAGCAGAAGUUCUGCCAAACCUUUGGAAUAUUGAUGGGGAAUUUACCAUACCUGAGCAAAAGCAAGUAGAAAACAAUGAGGAACUAGCAAACUCCUACGAAAGAAAACUGAUUGAGGUGGCAGAAAUGCAUGGGGAGCUUAUAGAAUUCAAUGAGCGACUGCACCGUGCUUUGAUGGCUAAAGAAGCUCUUGUAUCGCAAAUGAGGCAGGAACUCAUUGAUUUGAGAGGGCCAGUCCCUGGGGAUUUGAGUCAGACAUCUGAAGACCAGAGUUUGUCAGAUUUUGAAAUAUCAAAUCGUGCCCUUAUUAAUGUUUGGAUUCCCUCAGUCUUUCUACGAGGAAAAGCUGCUAAUGCAUUCCAUGUUUACCAGGUAUAUAUCAGAAUAAAAGAUGAUGAAUGGAAUGUUUAUCGAAGAUAUGCAGAAUUCAGAAGCUUGCACCACAAGCUACAGAACAAAUACCACCAAGUAAGGACCUUUAACUUCCCACCAAAAAAAGCCAUUGGAAACAAGGAUGCAAAGUUUGUUGAGGAACGACGCAAACAGCUACAAAAUUACUUACGGAAUGUUAUGAACAAAAUUAUUCAAACUGUGCCAGAAUUCACAGUUAGCCCCAAAAAAGAGACUCUUAUUCAACUGAUGCCCUUUUUUGUUGAUAUCCAACCUGUGAGAGAACCAGUAAGCAAAAGCAAUCGCUCAAGAGUGGCUACCCACUUUCCAACGCUAUCUCGGCACCAUCAAAGGGAGCCACGGAACCUGGAGCCUCAAAGUGGUGAUCUCUGACCCUUUAUAUAAUUGUGAACAUCAGCACCAUGUACUUUAAACUGCCCUGUGAUUCUGACCUAUCCUAUACUGUUGAUUAUGAAAGGCCCUGGGGAGAAUAUAGCUGUAUUGAGUUAAUUCCUGAAAGGAGACUCUCAAUACUAAGGUUCAUCAUUCUAAUUUAACAGGUCACUUUCGAAAGCAGCAAGCAUUUUCCCAAUGGAAUAUGAGGGCUCUUCACAGAGCACUCAGCAACUUGUACAUACUUCCUUUGUUUUGUAAAGCAUUCUCUUUUCUUCUAAACUUACUCCACUACUUUGAGUCCCUUGUUUGUGCUGUAGUGUCUCGUACACUCAUUCCAUCUAUUUCUGUUCCUGACAUCUGUGUGCAUCAUGUUCGGAGAAUAUUAUUUUUUUCUUAGAAGUACAACUGUAACUAUCACUAAUCAAUAUUUGUCACAAAGUUGUACUUAAAAAACUUUCCUAACCCAUUGCCUUUUGGAAAUGGAAUGACUGUUGCUUUUUCAUUAUGAUCUUCUGAUAUAUUCAAGAGUCUUUUAUAAACAUUACGAAGUAAAUGACAGAAGGAAAAACAGUAGAGAGGGCAAAAAUAGCCUGUGUGUUUCUAGUCAGAUAUUCCCAGAAGCUCUCACUUGUGAAGAGUAAUUCUACCAAAAUGGAGAUUCUAAUAAUUUUUUAUUAAAAUUUUUGUUUUUGCUUAAAGACAAGGUGCAGUACAAGUCAGCUCAAGGAGUUUAGCAAAAAAGGAAACACAAAGUUAACAUGUUACAGAAUAGAGUAUUCCAGCAUUUGGCUUUGUUCUGUUAUUGAUUUCUUGCUGAUGUUAUUAUAAAAACAGUCUCUCAGCAUAAAGAAAGGGGACAUUUGGGCAUUCUUACAGCUACUUUGUAAGACACAUGAAAUGCUGUUGCUAAAAAAUUGCUUAAGUUGAAAGUGCCUGUCACCUUUUUACUGGAAAGUGACUUGUAACGAUGUUGUGAGAACAACUAAAGAAAACUGGGAGAAUAAUUGUUACAAGUGCUGUAAAUCCUGAAAUGGAUCAACUGGAAUCCAGUUCACAACAUCUGUUAGCUAUACUGCCACAGGCAGUAAACUAUGCUUUAGCCAUCUUUUUUUUCCUCCGGUAGAGUCUUAACCAAUAUUCUUUCAUGUUUACUAAAUAAUAUAUUCUGGUUUACCUGUGCACCAGAACAACUCUUCUCACAAGUUGUUUGGAUAAUCUGUGUUCCCAUAGGCUGCUGAAUUGUCUGGCUAUACCGAAAGAAGGACAGGAGACACCUGAUAUAGUUUUAAUCAGACUGCAACUUUAUUAUUAGAUGUCUAUGACUACCCAAUAGAUAAAAGUGUAUCAUGCAGGUAACUCCAUGAUCAUUCAGUUACUACCUGGAAGGCUUCUGCCAGCCCCCAUCUUUUUCCAUGCAGGUCCCCCACCCACCCAUUGCUGGGACCUUACCAUCCACCACCGCCCUUGUAGGAGGGUUAAGGUGGGCUGUAAGAAAAGGGGGUUGUCUCCCUGCCAUACCAUGUAUAGGAGCCCUGAAGCCCCUCUCCCACCCUGUUCCAUUACUUUAACCCACACUUCCUUUUUAAGUCCUUUACCAAGCCAUUUAUCCAGUCACUGUACACAUUUCCUGUGGAGUGCCUGGACAACCGUCCCACACUUAAAUAACGAGUUGCGACAUAUAGCCUAACUCCCUUCGCUGUUAACCAUAACAAAACCAUCCCUGAACCUGCUGUGGAAGACAAAAAAACCCACCCCACCUAGGCCAAUCUGCUGAUGAGGGAAAAAGUCCUUCCCAGAUGCCCUAAAAUAAAUGGCUAGCGUGAUGCCCACAGCAGGUCCUGACCAAACCUGGUAUUUUGCCACCUGAAGGAGAGGGAAAGGUAGGUGCUGCCUUGCCUGCUCUGUGGAAAAAGAGCUCCUCAUGCCUAGGCUUGCUCUUCUUCAACUCCUUCUCCCUUCCAGUCCCAGAGGAUGAGUCAGAGUCACCACACUCACUCCACCCCCUUUUGCAGCAGCUUCUGACCUCUCUCUCUCACCCUCAAAACACUGAUUCCUUUCCCUCAGCAAGCCAGACAACGGCCCCCUGCUUAAAGGUGCUUGUGGGUCAUUUUUGUUAUUGACUGUCAGUUUAUUAUGUUAAAACCUGACAGUAGUUAUAGAAACCCAAGGGGUUAGGUUUUUUUCAGAAGAAGAAUCGACUUCUUAUUAAUGCACUUUUUUGAAUGUAGAUCUAUUUUAAAAAGUCUAAUGAACUGAGACCCAUAUUCUUCAAGCCUAUGUCCCAUUUUGUGGCACUUAUUCACGAGUAGCCUAUUGACUUCAGUCGGACGACUCGCAUGAAUAAGGUUUGCUCAAAGUGAAUAAUGGUUGCAGAACUGAGUGUG